AACCCAAUUCAAUCUAUAUAUAAAUAUGCACAGAAACAAACCUAGAGAUAAGAAACUAAUCCUUCAAAAACAGAGAUUGACAAUCAAAAACAACAGAAAGCUAGCUAGCUGAAUUUGGAUAUAUGGAGAAACCAUGCAUGUCAAAGAAGAAAACAAUCUUCAAGUUGUUACCAAAAGCAGCAGCAGCAGCUGUUUUCAUAUUACAAAAUGCACAUGCACCUUUUAGUCCAAGUAGAGAACAGAGAUUAGCCACAGAUUAUCAUCACAAAAAUCAUCAUUAUAAAGGAUUUGCUGGUCCCAUCAUAUCAGUAAUCCCAGCAGAUCAAUCCGGAAGAAAUAAAUCAGAACCAAGUUCACCAAAAGUUUCAUGCAUUGGCCAAAUCAAACACAACAAAAAGAAGAUGUUGAAUAGCAGUAGUAGUAAAAAUCUGCAAAAACAUCAUGUUAAGAAGAAAUCAGUUUCAAGUUUUGGAAAUAUAUUUGCUGGAAAAGCAAAAUUACUUCCAGGGAGGAAAUCUGAUGUUUCAGCUGAUAAUAUUAUUGCUAAGCUUCCUGAUAGAGCACCUUGUUUGAGUCAAAUGAAAAGGUUUGCAAGUGGAAGAGAACCUUUGACCAAGUUUGACUGGAGAUCAAUACAAAUUACAGCAGAAGAUCGUGAUCUCAAGUACUAUACAGAUGAUGAAGACAGAGGAUAUAGUGAGGAUGAAGAAGAUGAAUUUAACAUUGGUUUUCCUGCUCCAAUAAUAAUAGGUAGAUGUAGAACAAAUAUCACAUUGGAGCCAAGGAAAGAAAUUAAUUUAUGGAAAAGGAGAACCAUGAAUCAACCUAGGCCUCUUCAAUUGAAUACCGUUGUUGGCUAAGUGUUUUACUUUCCAUUUCUUUAAUUCUCUUAGUUCAUUUGUACUUGAUUCAUUUCAGUGUAAUAGUUUAUAAUAAUGCUCUAAGGUGAAAAUUAAGUAUUUUUCAAGUAGA